AUGAUAGAGCUAUCCAAAGAAUGGGAUGUCCUCGGCCCCUUCCCUAUUCACGCUCGAGAACAACAUUUUCUUGAGCCUUCUUUCCCUAUCGAUGUGAAGGUUCCCAUUGACCUGAAUGCCACAUAUCCUUCAUCUUAUGCCGAUGGUGGUCAAGUCACAUGGAGUAAAGCCCGGGCAGACAAGGACAGUGGUAUAUUGGAAGUGUCGUUUCCGGAGUCUGUGCGGUGGAAGUCACUGAGGGAUAGCGAAGGAUGGGCUGCACUUCAACACCAUGCUGUACUCAAAACUUCUUUGACUGUAUACCCAGUUUCCGGCUCCAAUUCGAAUACACGACCGCCCCAUCUUCGCAUUAAACUUGUCGGAGGUUCUUAUUUCACGAUAAUUUCUUCAAAUUCAACCGGGAAGGUGCCUCGGUGGUAUGCUGGAAAUAUCUAUGAUAUGGAACGCGCUCUACCACGCGUCGUUGAACUUCCAGAGGCGCCGUCUUUCGAUAAACCUACGACGUACGAUAUAUUUGUCAGUGGCGAUUAUGAAAUACGUUUAUUCGGAGAUCCUCGCGUCCAGCGUAACUCGGAUACCCCGGCGCAAACCAUCAAGCUCGAAGUGGAACUCGACAUUGAUAUUGAGCAGGUUGUGUGGGAACCGACACAGGAUGUGGUGCCAGAUGUUGUAUCUGGCUGGACUUUUGGUGAUGCUAUCGGGAUUGGACUAAGAGCUCGAGAUGGCUGGUGGUCUUAUCUAUCAUUGAAUCUUCCCUCAACCAAAUUCCGCCUUGCCCCGACUCAAGCUCGUAUUCUGCCCUUGCGCAUCAGGCAACAUAAAGAUCUACCUCUUGCCUUUACCUCCAUCAACGUUACACUGGUUUUACAAAGAGACGACGCAGGUGUUUACAUUCAACAUAACUCAGGAGAUACUAUAACUUUGGAACUAUCUCUCGCCGUUACCCAUGUCGUAAUGUGGGAUGACCCGAGCCCGACUAGCUCUAAUCCUGUCUUCAAAGGAUCGUACUUCUUUGGGGUUUCGGACUCAAUACCAACCAAUUUUUUGGUGGUCCCGCCCGAAUCAUCGGAUAAACGACGUGCGCCAAUCUUAGCCUUACAUGGAGCAGGGGUGGAUAUCUUCGCUCCUAGUCCCUCGGAAUCGUUCUGGGCGCAAGCCCUUCCGAGACAGGUUUGGAGCUGGGUGGUGAUUCCAAGUGGAAGGACUUCUUGGGGCCUUGAUUGGCACGGACCCUCCGCCCAAGAUGCAUGGGGAGUCCUAGAUGCAGUCACAGAUAUUCUUCAAAGUUCCGAAUCAACGACCUGGGGAAAAAAUAAAUGGGGCAUACCCUCAACUACACCGAACAGAAAACCUCAAGCUAUAUUGAUGGGUCAUUCCAAUGGAGGUCAAGGGGCCUGGUAUAUUGCAGAGCGGUUCCCAGAUCGCGUUUUGGGAGUCAUUCCCGCAUCCGCCUACAUAAAAUCUCAAGCCUACGUCCCAUGGACAAUGUCUUGUUCGGCGCAUUUUGCCGAUCCCUUCUUGGAGGCUAUUCUUCAGACUUCGUUGACACCGGAUGAUAAUGACCUGUUUGUGGGCAAUCUGCGCGGGAAGGACGUCCUUGCUAUUCAUGGUGGAGACGACGAGAAUGUUCCUGUUUGGCAUUCACGAGAACUAGUUGGUGUUUUGCAGAACCUAGAAGGGGUUGGUUACAACACGUCUCGCGUCGAAUUUCUGGAAUUCCGAGGCCAGCCUCAUUGGUUUCCUACAGUCUUCAAAAAUGAUCAAGUUCAAUCAUUCAUUGACCAAUUGCUUGAUGCAGCCGAAUUUGGCCCCCAAUGUGUCACUUAUUCGGAAAAAUUCAGCCUCACAGUCGCUGUACCUGCAGAAAGCGGAUCCAUGCAAGGGUGGCAUAUAGAGAAACUUUCCAUUCCAGGACGAUUAGGACGUGUUUCCGUCCACGUUAUAGAGCAGUCAUCAUCUUCCGCUAUGCUAGUGAAUGCAAAGACCACGAAUAUCCUCGAAUUUUCCGUUGAUCCCAAGUUGUUUGGCGUUCUCGAAAAAGAUAUGCAGUUAUACAUCGACGGAAAGCAAGUGGUUUUGGAUUCGAGGAUCCUUGAAAUGGCACAAGUUAUAUACUUCAAGGCCGUCGGGCCUAAACUAUGGAAACUUUCAGACUCGCGGAAUACACUGCAACUUUCAGGACGCAUGCAGACUGUGUUAUCUUCCCCCAAUUCAGUGGACCACUCGGAAUUUAUGGGACCAGCUCCACUUGUGUUCGUCGUUCCUGAUGCAGUGUUGGACCUAGAGUCGGGACCAACUGAGACGCCAUCACACGCGAUGUCUAUUGCUCUCCGCCUCUCUCAUGACCUCCUUGUGUAUCAUCGGUUAGAUAGUGAAAUCAUGAUCAAUUCCGAGGUCAACAUCGCUCUCUUAAAACCAGAAUUUGCAUCUGCUUUCAGCAAAGGCAACGUUAUCGUAGUCGGCAAUGAGGCUGCUUUGGAAUUACAGACGGCAUUACACCAAGGCAAAACAAACUUCGUCACGGAGAACAAUUUCAUCGACGUCAAAGAAUUCAUGACAAGAGUUCAUGUAGAUGGAUUCAGAAUCUUAUUUCUCCAUCCGCAUCCAAUGAACUCGUGUGCGAAAAUGCUGCUUCUACAGUCUACUGAUCCUGUGGGCGUUGGUCUUGAGCGAGCAGCGAGAUUGUUUCCUAUCCGUACUGGUGUGCCGGUACCUGAUUGGAUUAUUAUCGGAGAAGAUAACGGGCGGGGUGAGGGAAAUGUAAUUGCCGCUGGACUUUGGGAUAGCGAGUGGAAUUGGAACGAGGCUAUGUCGUGGAGUUCUACUAUGUGA